AUGAGGCACUUGUUGUUUCACUUGUUCAUGCACUACUUUUUACUCUCUACAUUAUCAUGCACUAGUGCUACUACUAGUAUUACUACCAAUAGUCUAAGACCCUUCCUUAGAAACAAAGGCACAUUAAAUUUGCCUACACAAUUUGAAGCUAUCUACCAAUUUGGAGACUCCCUUAACGACAAUGGCAACUUCAUUCGGCAGCUGCCCGGCGGGCCAAAGUCCGCGGUUGCGAGGCUUCCUUACGGCGAAACCUUAAAGCGGCCGACGGGGCGUGCCUCCGAUGGCCUUAUCAUGGUUGAUUAUAUUGCAAUGAACUUUCAACUACCACCAUUGAUACCUUAUCUUGCCAAUGGAAGUAACUUCACCCAUGGAGUUAAUUUCGCGGUGUUCGGCGCUACUGCUACUGGCGGAAUAGGAGCCAAUUCCUUGGCUUCACAACUUGAUUGGUUUAAGUCUCACCUCAAAGCAACUUAUUCUAGUCCAGCAGGUACUUACUCAAUAUUUGAUCAAUUGGUAGGUUUUCUUGGGGUUGUAACUUUGUCAAUUAAAGAAAAACUCCAAAAGUCAUUGGUGAUGAUGGGAGAAAUUGGAGGAAAUGACUUCAAUGGUCCUUUUUAUCAAGGCAAAACGAUACCAGAGCUAACUCCACUCAUCCCUAUUGUUGUGCAAACCAUCAAAGAUGCAGUCGAGGAAGUAAUUAGCCUUGGAGCUAAUAAUAUCGUGGUACCCGGGAACUUCCCUAUAGGUUGCGUGCCACUUUAUCUAGUUAAUUUUGCCACCAACGAUACCUCAAAGUAUGAUGAACUUCAAUGCCUCAAAGACUACAAUGAUUUCUCGAAGUUGUACAAUCAACAAUUGAUACAAGCUAUUCAACAAUUGCAACAAGAGCACCCAAACGUGGCCAUUGUCUAUGCAGACUACUAUUCAGCACUCAUAUGGGUCAUUACUAAUUCUCCACAAUUAGGGAUCGAGCCCGGUUGCGCCAAAAAGGCUUGUUGUGGAACUGGUUCAAAUCCUUACAAUUAUGAUGGUCACAAAUUUUGCGGUAGUCCUGGAGUUUCAGUUUGUCCAGAUCCUACUAAAAGAAUCAGUUGGGAUGGUGUUCAUAUGACUCAACAAGGAAACAAAUGUGUUGCAAAUCUGUUAGUAAAACAAUUUGCACCAAAACUUCAAAAAAAUCAUGUUCAUAUACCUCGUAGAAAACCUAUUAAGAUAAAUUAAACCUAAGAGAUUAUCUAAAUUGAUGUCGAAACCAUUCAAAGAAGGUAUAUAGGGUUCUCACAUAAUAAUUUGUUACUUAAAAGUUUUUAAUCAUACAAUGGUUGAGUCUACAUAUGCUCAAAAUUAAUUUAACCUUCAUAAUGAAAUGACAAAAGAUGUUUUCCAUUUCAUUUGUUGCAACAAGGAGUACAUUCUAAGCUUAUACCUUGUUACAAAAUACAUAUAUACUUUUUUCAUUUCACAUUAGUUGAAAUAAUUUGACUUUUGCAUUCUUUAUAUGCUAGUUUCAACAUUUUAUUUAACUUGUAUAGUAAUAGUAUUAUAUAUUGCU